AUGGCUGUGCGAAAUUUAUUCAAAAUCUUUCUCUUAAUUCUAUGUGCCAGCCCAGGGCUUAAUUUAGUAGCAGCAUUUGAGCCUCAAGCACGCUAUACUUUAACAUCAGAUUAUGAAGACUCAGACGGGAAUAUCCCUAAUCAAAAUGAAAAUGGUUUAGACGCCUUAACACCAUCUGACCCAGUACCAGUGAUGGGAUGCAUCAGCUCCUAUUUUUCAGGUCAAUCCUCAUAUACCACAGAUAUUGGCCAAUAUGCUGUUGAUAACGGUGGCUUACUCUUGACUCCUUGAGAGAGCAAAGGUUUUUUGCUUUAAGUUGAUUUUUUUUUAAAAAUUUUCAUUUCAAUUUUUUUUUGAAAAUAAAAAUCCCAAUUUGCAAGUAAACUUAAUUUUUGAAAUUUAUGUUUUCUAAAGCAAGCUAUUUAAAAUUUUGUGAUAUUCAUUUAAUAAUUAUCGCUAGUUAAAAUAAAUAUUUUUUAUAAAAUUUCCUUUAAAUAAAUUUGUGUUUAUGAUUUCUAAUUUAGAGAAUCUCCAAUAUUUUUGCUUUCUUACCAAAGUGAGAGUUAGCAGCCCACUUUUGGUUUUAUCCUGCAGAUUCAACAAAAGGGAACAUCAUUACUUUUCUCCCAUCUGAAACCACUGGCUCAACCUGGUAUGUAAGAAGAGACGGAGCAAGUGUCAUAUUUGGAAAAUCAGAUGGCUCUAGUAAAAAAGAGACUGAACUUACAUUUGAUGAUGGUAGUUUUUAUAUAGGAUCAUGGUACUUAAUAGCAAUGCAAUGGGAUUUGACAGUGGAUCCUCACAAAUGGAGUAUUUAUUUGCCUAAUAAGGGAAGCACCCCUUCAGCUUGGAUUACAUGGGAAGAUGAAGGAAGUGAUCCACACGAUCUUCCUGAUGGAAAUAUUGUGCUAGGAGAUAGUGGGAUUGAUGGUAUUAACAGUUUUAAUGGAUUCAUUUAUGAGUUCUUGGUUUAUAGUGGACUAGACGUAGAAAAUGAUGUCCCUAAUAUAAUUGGAAUUGAUAAUGAUGGCUUCGAGGAGCCAGCAUACUCAAAGGAUUGUAGCUGCUCAUUUUGUCAUCCACUACAAGGGUGCCUUGACACCACAUGCUUUUAUCCAGCAGAUAAUACAGUCUUCCCUGGCUUAUGCAACUCAACCUGUUUAGAAUGUUCUGCCAAACAACAUUGCACAAGUUGUAUAGAUCAAAAUGCAUUAGCUCAAGAUGGAGUUUGCUCUUGCAAUGAUGGGUUUUAUCCAGAUUCAGUUCAAAAAGCUGCCCUUUGCAAUGGUAUACUUUAGCAUUCAGAUUAAUGCAGUUAUUAUAUUUUACAAAUAUUUCACAGUAAUAUUUAGUGUAAUGGGGUAUAAAAUAUAAUUUAGCUUGCGGAAAUGGCUGCAGCAAAUGCACCUCAGAUACCAAUUGCCAAAGCUGUAAAGACGAAAAUGCAAGUCCUCAAACAGAUGGAUCUUGCAGCUGCAAUAGCGGCUACUACGCUACCUCGAUUGACUCUAGUUCAUUUUCUUGCACACGUAAUUUAUAAUCAGCUUGUGAUCCUACCUGCAAUGACUGUUCAAAUGGAAUCUGCAGUUCUUGUAAAGACCCAAAUGCAUCCCCAUCUGAUACAAUUUGUAAGUGCAAUGAUGGAUUUUACAAUGCAGAAGGCUCUUGUGAACGUACAAUUUAUUUAGAUUGCCCUGAAGGCUGCACCAUUUGUGACAAGUCUUCAUGUUCCUCUUGUGCUGAUACCUUUGCCUUGGUCGAUGGAUCUUGUGUUUGUGAAAAAGGAAAAUUCGAGUAUAAUGAUGGGUCCAAAGUAACUUGCACAAGUAAUUUUUAUUUAGCUUGCGCUGAAAGCUGCAACACUUGUACUAGUGAUCCUCAAUGCUAUAGGUGUGGAAGCGAACUCUCUCAAGGCUCUGCGUCUUGCUAUAAUGCUACUGUGGGGUAUAAACUUAAGUUCAACAAUGGAGUUGUUGUAGUUACUUUUGCGAAUGAUUUGGAGCGUGAUCUUAGCAAGAAAAAUUUCCAGAUAAGUCCUAAAGAUGGGAGACCUUUCGAUACAGAAAGUUGGGAGCUAACUAAAGUAUCUGCGAGUGAAUAUCAUAUUGCAACCGAUUUAAAAAAGAGUGAUUUGCCUGUUAAGGUCAUUCUUGAUUUCGGCUUUUAG